AUGAACGUGAUCGCGAUAGUACUCGGUUUGGUGUUAAUAGGUGUUGCAGUCACCGAUGGACAGGAACGACUUGCAGGUGGCAGCAAGGCAGCAGUAGAGAACUAUCCAUUUGCAGCCGCCAUCCUCUAUGGUGGCCGACUGUUCGGGAAUGGUGCCGUUUUAGGAAGGUUCUUCGUUCUCACCUCAGCCAGUGCCCUGCAUGUAACAGAGACCAGUGGUUACUCUGUAACAGUGGGCGUUAGCAACUAUCUGCAAACUCAAAUGCGGAUUCAAGUAAUGCAGAUUUACAGGCACCCGGAGUGGAUUGGAUGGGAUGACAAUUUGGCCAUGCUCGCGACCGUAACCAUCGAAUUCUCGAACCAUAUUCAACCGAUCCCGCUCGCGCCAUACAGCCCGGAUGACACGAUGCUGACAUUCGUUUCGUUCGGAAUGAACAGCGCAGGCACAUCGGUUCAGUUGCAGCACGCGGCCUUCCGAGCGAUGACUGGAUCGCUGUGUCACAAGUUCCUGCGUGACGGCCUAGCCGCUGGUCCCAUCAAUACGCAACGCGGUUACUGUAUGGUAACUAACGAUAGCGUAAAGAAGGGCUUCUUUGCGGACGAUUCGGGAGCUCCCGGAGUGUCCAAUAGUCAGCUCCAUGCAAUAUUCGCGUUCACGACGGCCGGAGGUGGCGUGGAGGAUAUCGGCAUUGCCAUGCGCGUUCCCAUUUACAAGGGCUGGAUCGAGGGCACGAUUCAAAGAAUUCUUAACUCAUAACUGAUGACGAUCGUAUUUGUAGAGUUUCGUGUUGUCUUUCGUAGAGACAUGAAUGGCAAAGCAUCACGAGCACGAGUUUUCCUUUUUCGCGCUACAGCAUAAAGUAUAACGAAAGUACUAGUGUCAAAUUAUAACAAUAAAGAAAAGUUUAACGCAC